AUGGGCGCCUUCCCUUCGUGCUGCUGCCCGGAACGAAAGGUCGCCAAAAACCCACUGCUGACACACAGCAAGCCCCACCCCCAGUACAAUGGCCAGAGCUUGCACACCCCCCAAGAGCGCUCGCUGAGCACGACACGCCAUCACAGAGAUCAAGGCACUCACGAAAACAACGGCAACAACAACAUUCUAGCAACACGGCCCACGACAUCCCGGUCCUCUUGCAGCAGCAAGUCAACACCUGCUCCUGACAAUGUCCCGGCGCAGCAGAAUGGCAGCACCACCCUGUCGUUUCGGGACACGAAUGAGCAAGAUAAUGCCAAUGCACCUGAUGUCCCCGCGAACACUGCUCCUCAACCCAAGACUUGGCCGCGCAAAGGCACCGCAGAUUUAAUCUGGUCCAAACGUCAGCAACAGCCCACCCAGCGCAUUCAAUGCGCCAAUGAUAUCACCUUUGGCCAGUGGGCUGCUACUAACCAGUGGCGCCAAUUCCAGGUUUCACAUUACGACUGGUGGAUGUUUCCUUGGCUGGCACACUCUUCUGAUUCGAUGCGAUCACAAGAAUAUUCAGUUCGCUCUGGCGACAUGUACGACCUGAUCAUGCGCCCUGAGUUUGUACCCAACGUGGCCGCCUCUGUCAGACAUCUGGUGGCUGCCAACGAGCACGGCUUCAACCCCGUGACGGCCAACACCGUGCACCCCGCCCGACGCAGCAAGAUCGUCGGCAGUCUGGCCUUUAUGCAUAAAGUGGCCUUGGCAUCCGACCAGCCCUUGUCGCUGACGACCCAGCUUGUGGAAUCGCGCGAGCUGAUCGAGAACACCUUUGGUGUCGUUUCAGACGUGUAUUGGGCCGAACACAUCGAUUACCCACCGACCUAG